AUGACCACGUUAGCGUCAUUAUCGUUAUGCGAUAGUGCAUCUGAGUACAAAACAACACAACAACUUCAGCGAAUUGAUGAUUCAACUAAAACUAUGUCUAAUAAUUAUGAUAAAAAUGGAAUACAACCACCAGAUUUACAUAAAAGGGCAGAGUGGAGAAUGCUUAAUGUGAGUCCAAGGACAGGUAUACUCGUAGCCACAACAGCGGCAUGGAUGGGGCUUUCAGUUUUAACAGGAGGUGGAGUUCAGAUUGCUGGCGUGGUGUUAGGUGCUGUAUGGGCUGCAGCGGCUGCCAUACUGGCACAUUAUGACGAAAAUAGUGGUUCAAUUUCUUCUAAGAGAAACCUUGCUCUAGGGUUAUACAACAAAGCUAUAGAUGAUGGUAGUAAAAUUUCAACUAAACAUGGACUCAUGUAUGAUUUGAGAAGUCUAUUAGACAAUGACUUAGAGAAACGAAGCCAAGAGUUACAAGAGAUAUAUAACAUCCUUGAUGACGGUGGGAUGAAUGGUGUGGUAUUGAUCAAACGAGAAAUUUAUAAAAACAUCGUCAAUGCAAGUCUUUUUGAACAAUUGAAAGAUCAUUUCUUGUGGGUAUAUGAGAAUGGAACUGCUACCAUUGCAGUUGGAGCCGAUCACUUAAGUAACCACGAAAUGGCUCAAAGAAUUGCAUUAGCACUGCCUGGUGAGCCUUAUAAUAGUGCUGAGAAUAACAGUACUAACGAUGUACGUUCUAAUACUUUUCCAGCUGAUUGGAUAUCGUACAACUUUGAUAAUGUCAACCAUGAUCUAGCCAAAUCUUGGUGGAUAGACAAUAUGCGUUACACACCAAACUAUGAAGCGUUAUUGGGUGAUUACAUGGAUCAUGGCGAAAUAUAUUUUAACACCUAUGGUGGUGUGGACUCACAGUGCAACGAUGAUCAUGAUGGUGCUCAAAUGCCAUAA